AUCAUGUGUAAAGUAUAUUUAUAUAUUUAUUUUAUUCUUGAGAUAGUGCAUCUCCAUUUUUGAAGUUAGACAAAACUAGGGAAAAUCAUAUGAAAAUCAUACAAGACCAAUAAGCCAACUCUAUAAGAUUAUUCUCUCUUUAUUUGUUAAUACUGGAUAAGGGAAGAAAAGAACAAGAAUAAUAAGAUAAAGGAAAGAAACCCAAGAAAAGACGUGGCAUCUUAUGCAUUUUCCUCUGGAACACUCUUCGAAUUUCCUCACCAGUAUUUGCUAUAUGGCAUGUUUGAGAAAGACCAAGAACUUGUUAGAAGAAAAUAGAUAGACAAUAAUAAAUAAUAAUAACUAAAAUAAAGAAACCUUUUCUUGUGCUUGGUCACAUUACACAAUUAUAGUUACUAAUAAUAAUUAAUUUUAGGUGUCCCUAGUCACCACCAGUACCUCCCAGAAUCUCUUAGAGCCUUCUUCAUCUAUUGAAAACUCUGUAGCUUAAUAAGCUAUCAAUGGCUUUGGCUCGUUUGGCUUUGAAGAACAUGCACCAAAGGGUACUCUCUUCACCUUCAUUUGUGGGUCAUGGUGCUAUGGAGAGAGCUGCUAUCAUUGGUGGUGCUCAGAGAUUUUCCACUGAAGCUACUGAAAAGGUGGCUACUGAGAGCUCAGAGGGAAAACAAGUCUCUGUCUCCCAAGGCAAAAAAUCUAGACCAGUUUUACCAAGGAGACAAAGGAAAAGAGGCCUCUGGAGGAGGAACCAAGCCGAUUUUCCUCCUGCCCUUUUUGAGUUCUUUCCUUCAAGCCUUGGAAAUGCACUGAUGCAGGCAACAGAGAACGUAAACAGGUUGUUUGAGAGCCUAAACUUGUCGCCGUGGUCACUGUCUGGGCGAGUAAAAGAGCACGACCAGCUCUACAAGUUGAAAUUCGACGUGCCCGGGCUGGCCAAGGAGGACCUUAAGAUUACUAUAGAUGACGGGGUUUUGAUCAUAAAGGGAGAGCACAAGGAAGAGGAGGAGGAUCAAAGUAGCUCAGACGACGAGUUUUGGAGCUCGUCGUCGAAGAGGUUCGGGUACUACAAUGCCAGCCUUGUGUUGCCUGAUGAUGCCAAAGCUGAUGAUGUCAAAGCGGAGUUGAAAGAUGGGGUGUUGUCUAUUACCAUUCCCAAAACAGAGAAGCCUAAAACAGAGGCUAAGGAGGUCCAAAUACACUGAUAAUGGAAGCUGCAUCUCUUUAAAUCUAUGUACAUUUCUUGGCCUGUUUUUGUGUCUUUAAUAUGUGUGUGUGUGUGUGUUUUUGUAUGAUGAAAAUAAGGAUGGAGGAAGAAUUACGAUGAAUAUGGCCUUUGAUUAUAAUGUUUGUAUACGAAAAUAUUCGAAGCCAUCUUGCCAAAA